CCCCCCUACGUGCGCACCCUCUUCCUCCCCGGCACCCAGCUGGCCGUACUCCCAGCCGGUGCCUUCUCCCGCCGCCCGCCCCUGGCCGAGCUGACCGCGCUCAACCUCAGCGGCAGCCGCCUGGGGGAUGUGCACGCCGCCGCCUUCGAGGACCUGCCCAGCCUGAGGCAGCUCGACCUCAGCCACAACCCCCUCGUCCACCUCAGCCCCUUCGCUUUCUCGGGCAUCAACGCCAGCGCCUCGAACCCUAGCACCCUGGUGGAACUGAUUCUGAACCACGUCGAGACCCCUGAGGGCCCUGACCAGAAGCCAAGCGUAGAGCGCAUGGUGGCAGCGGCCCUGCGGGCGCCCCACACACUUCGUGGGCUCCGUCGCCUGGAGCUGGCCAGCAAUCACUUUCUUUACCUGCCCAGGGAUUUGCUGUCCCAACUGCCUGGCCUCAGGCACCUGGACCUGCGUAACAAUUCCCUGGUGAGCCUGACCUACCUGUCCUUCCGCAACCUUACACAUCUUGAAAGCCUCCACCUAGAAGACAAUGCGCUCAAGGUCCUUCACAAUGGCACUCUGGCAGAGUUGCAAAGCCUGGAGCAUGUUAAAGUGUUUCUGGAGAACAAUCCCUGGGUUUGUGAUUGUCACAUGGUGGACAUGGUGACCUGGCUUAAGGAGACCGAGAUAGUAGAGGGCAAAGCCAAGCUCACCUGUGCGUUCCCAGAAAAAAUGAGAAAUCGAAUCCUCGUGGAACUCAACAUCGCUGAUCUGGACUGUGACCCUAUCCUCCCUCCAUCCCUGCAAACUUCUUAUGUCUUCCUGGGUAUUGUUUUAGCCCUGAUAGGCGCAAUUUUCCUCCUCGUUUUGUAUUUGAACCGUAAGGGGAUAAAAAAGUGGAUGCACAACAUCAGAGAUGCCUGCAGGGAUCACAUGGAGGGGUAUCAUUAUAGAUACGAAAUCAAUGCGGACCCCAGAUUAACAAACCUCAGUUCCAAUUCAGAUGUCUGAGAAACAUUAGAAAACACGAAAAAGGACAACUCUGCAUGAGGUGUAGACUUAAGCUUUAUCCAUACUAGGUUUCCUCCACUUCUACCCUCCACUGUAGACAGUACUGACUUUAAAAGCAGUGAAGGGGAUUUGCUUCUGUCAUGUAAAGUUUCUUGGUGUGUGCUGUUAUUGUAAGACUAUGAACAACUGUGCAGUGUUUUGCCCUCUUUUCUUGGAACUGCUCAACACAUGUGGAAGGACUUUCAAGUUGCAGCAUGAACACGGACUCCUUGCUGUCUUGUCUCUCUUAGUACAUUUAAAGGUGUAGCACGUGUACUUGCACGGAUAGCAUUCAACAAAAGCUGCCUCAACUUUUUUGAGAAAAAUACUUUAUUCAUAAAUAAGUUUUAUUCUCAUGUACCUAAAUUGUGGAGAAAAUAAUUGCAUCCCAUAAACUGCCUGCAGACCUUAGCAAGCUCUUAAAAAUAACUCCGUAGUGCACAAGAGGAUCUGCAUCCAAGAGCAUGCUUACAUUUUACUAUUCUGCGUAUUACAAAAAAUAACUUGCAACUUCAAAUUACUUCAUUGACAAAGUAAAUUACUUUUUUGAUUGCAGUUUAUAUGAAACUAUUGAAGUUUUUAAAUAAACUGCAUGGAGAU